AUGCCAUCCAAAGUUGCUCCAAGCCCAGUUUUUGACUCCAUCCCCGCCUGCAUGUCCGCGUUCAAGUCCGGCAAUUUCAUCAUCGUGCUGGAUUCGCCCUCCCGCGAAAACGAAGGCGACCUGAUCAUCGCCGCACAGGACAUGGACCCUGCCAAAAUGGCCUUCAUGAUCCGUUACUCGAGUGGUCUAAUCUGCACGCCCCUCACCGCCUCGCGGGCCAAAAGUCUGGAUCUGCCGCAGAUGGUAACCGAGAAUGCGGAUCCGAAUCGUACCGCCUACACCGUGAGUGUGGACGCGAAGCACGAGCAUGUGACGACGGGGAUUUCGGCCUCGGAUCGAGCGUUGACGUGUAGGGUUCUGGCGGAUGAGGCGGCGACGGCGGGUGAUCUGAGGAGGCCCGGCCAUGUGUUCCCGUUGAGGGCGAGGGAAGGGGGGGUGAGGGAGCGGCCCGGCCAUACGGAGGCGGCGGUGGAGUUUUGUAAAUUGGCGGGGAAAAGCGAGGUCGGUGUUAUUUGUGAGUUGGUGGAGGAUGGUGAUGAGAGUGCGGAGGGUUUGGCCGAGAGGGUGGGCGGCGGGAUGAUGAGGAGGGAUUCUUGCCUGGAGUUCGGGAAGAAAUGGGGGCUGAAGGUCUGUACGAUUGAGGAUUUGGCAAGGUAUCUGCAGGAGAAGGAUAAGUCUGGAUCAGAGACGAAUGGUAUUAAAGGGAAGUCACAUGCAUGA